AAAUGUCAACAAUACUGCGUGUAUUUUUAGCGCAGCCGUUUAAUGUCAGGGGCCGAAGACACAUAAAGAUCAGUCCCCGUUACAGAACACCUGCGAGCGUUUACGGGACAUGGUUGUGUUCAGGUUCGGUGUCAUAUUGACACCUCAGUGUUCAGAUAUCGAAGUGUUUGUUUUGGGCUCUCGGCCGGAGAUGGGACACUGGGACCCGAACCGAGCCGUGAAGAUGAAUCCGAGCCGCUCGGUUCUGUCCACCUGUGAACCGUGUCUGUGGAUCGGAGACGUGCGUCUGUCCGAACCAUAUACAGAUAAGCUGUGGUUUAAGUUCAUAAAGCGUGUCCAUGGAAACUACAUUUGGGAAGGCAAUGGGCCACAUCAUGACCGGCACUGUGUGUAUGAUGACAGUAACAUGGUGGACGGGGUAUACUGCCAUCCAAUUGGUCACUGGAUCGAAGAAACGGGCCACACAGAUGAGAUGAAACACACCACCAACUUCUACUUCAGCAUAGCAGGACAGCAAGCCAUACACUUCUCUCAGGUGCUGCCACAUGUCUGGUUAGGCAGCUGCCCUCGACGGGUCGAACAUGUAACCCUAAAGCUGAAACAGGAACUGGGUGUUACAGCAGUGAUGAACUUUCAGACAGAAUGGGAUGUCAUAAACAACUCACAUGGCUGCCGGCGUGACCUCAGUCAACCCAUGACCCCAGAGACUAUGACGCACCUGUACAAAGACUGUGGCCUUUCGUACAUCUGGAUCCCUACUCCAGACAUGAGCACAGAAGGUCGCAUACAGAUGCUGCCCCAGGCGGUGUUCUUGCUCUAUGGACUGCUGGAGAACGGACACACAGUAUACGUUCACUGUAACGCUGGAGUGGGCCGAUCCACUGCGGCUGUGUGUGGACUCCUGAUGUAUGUGUUAGGUUGGAGACUCAGGAAAGUGCAGUACUACCUCACUGCCAGAAGGGCGGCAGUCUAUAUCGACGAGGAAGCACUGGUGCGAGCCGAAAAUGACUUUCUUAAGAUGUUUGGGCGACUUCGUCCAUCCGUCUGCAACCCAGAGACAUGAGAACAGCACCCUCUACUGGAAAGGAGGACAAAGGGACAUCAGUUCAAUAAUGUCAAAGCAAUUAACACCAUCAAAAUAGAUUUUAAUAUUGUAACACAUUAAUUACUAAUAAUCAAGUGUUUACAUUAAAUACACUAUUUAAACUUUACUUUAUAGUUAAUGUUUGCUAACAUUUAAUAAACUGUCUUAAUUUCAAAUGUUGUACAACCCUGCAAAUGAUGCAAUAUCAACUGUUGAUUUAAUGAAUAUAAAACAACUAAACAUGAUGAUGUUAGCUGUUAUUUGCCAAGAAUUAUAAUGCUGAAUCUGUUAUGCAGCACAGAUGGGCAUGGUAGCCACAUGAGUGUGUUGUUCUGUUUAUCCUUUGAAAUGUUUUCAGUUUCGCCUGGUUUUUGUUCAUUAAUCUUGACAUAGUCGUCAUUUGAAAAGACACCUUGAGGCAGUUGUCGCCCCUGACUGCUAAUGUGAUGGUUACUGUUCGACUAUCUGCCCUUUUUCUCCUCUAACAUGCCACUUUCAUUCAUUUAUGAAUGUAACUCAAUAUUCCUGUUAUAUAUUUAGCACAGCAGUUUCCCUGCCCUUGAAAUAAGCUGCCAUAAUGAAAAGCACUUUCCACUUGACCUUUAACUAAAUAAAGCCUAGU